AUGGAAGCAAGAAGAGAUGGGCGAAAACGGGAGGGGACGCGAACAGCGCAGAGAGAAGGGGAACGGAGGAAGAGGCGGGGCGACGCACCCAACGAAGGAAAAGGAGAAGAGCACGAGACAGGGAGCAAAGGGGAGGGACCAACAACGCAAGAGAGAAGGGGAACGGAGGAAGGAGGCGGGGGCGACGCCCCAACGAAGGAAAAGAGAAGACACAGAGGCAGGGAGCAGGGCCAGCGGAGGGAGGGAACGGGAGACAAGGGGAGGAAAGAAAGAGGCGGGGCGACGCGGAAGGAAGCGAAGAAGGGGAAGCACGGGGCAAAAGGGGAAGGGAAAGCCGAACAAACGAAAGGAAACCAACACAGGAGAGACAAUGAGGAGGGAGACGCCCAGGAAAGGGGGCGAGACGAAGCGCGGGGAAAGACCAACGCCGGAGACAGAGGAGCGGCGCAAGGGACGAGGAGCAACAAGGCGGGAAGCCAGGGCCAGAGAACGAGGAGGCCGCCCAAGAAACGGCCCGAAGGCAGGGGGCGCAGGGGGAAGGAAAAGCGGGGGGGAGAGCGAGAAAGGGGAGAGGCACCGAGGGAGAAGGCGGGAAAGGGAGGAACGAAAGGAACGGACGAAACGGGCGGAAAGGCAGGCACGACCGCAACGAAAGGGAGGCAGAGGGCAACGAAGAAGGAACGAAGAGAAGGCCAUGCCGAAAGGAGGCAGGGCGAAAGGCAGAAGAAAAGGGCAGAAGGGAAAAAAACAAAAGAGGAGGCGGGGGACAAGGAGGCAGAAAAGAAACAGGAAACGCAGAGAGGCGAAAGAAAGGGCAGAACCAAAACAAGGGAAGAGGAGCAAGAACCGCAAAGGAGACAAGGAAGAGGCAAAACAAGGAGGACGGCGAACCAAAAGAAAGCCAAAAGGGAAGAAGAAGAGAAGAGAUGA